CACCGGGUUGCAAAAUCGGUGGAGAGGUUGGCCAUCGCGAAGGCGAGCGGCGCGGUGACCCGAGCCGAGCGCGCACGCCCCGGCACGGCGUCGGUCGGCCCACGGGCUUCUCGACGGCGCCAACAGCAGCAACAGGACAGGCACGGAACAAAAGCACCCGGUGUUCGGCUUCACCCCGCGAGCCAACCAGACCCGCAUCGAUCCUGCAACCCCUUCGCGAAUGGGGGUCUCAUCCGCUCGACGGCCACGGCAAGUGGCCUCCUCCUCCUCACGCACUUAAAAUCCCCCCGCGCGCCGCCACCCCGCUUUCUCCCCAUCCCGCCCAUCCACUCCGCGCCUCGACCAGACCAUGGCAGCGGCACACCAGGUCUCCGCCGUGAUCUUCGACCUCGACGGCACCCUCCUGGACACAGAGAGGGCGACGAGGGAUGUCUUGAACGAAUUCUUGGCGUCGUACGAGAAGGUCCCUGACCCGGAGAAGGAAGAGAAGAGGCUGGGCCAGAUGUACAUGGAAUCCACCACCGGGAUCAUCAGAGAUUACGGGCUGCCGCUGACCGUCGAGGAGUACUCCAAGGCGAUGCAUCCACUCUACCUGAAAAGGUGGCAAAAGGCAAAGCCGCUUCCAGGAGUGAAGAGGCUUGUCAAGCAUCUUUACAAGAAUGGAGUGCCACUCGCACUUGCUUCAAACUCCAUCAGGAGAAAUAUUGAUCACAAGCUUCCGAAACUAGAAGAUUGGGGAGAGUGUUUUUCUGUUAUUCUUGGUGGAGAUCAAGUCCCUAAUGGAAAACCUUCCCCUGACAUAUUUCUGGAAGCUGCAAAGAGACUUGGCGUAAAUCCAUCAUCAUGCUUGGUCAUAGAAGAUUCUGUCGUUGGAGUCAAGGGUGCCAAGGCUUCUGGGGCAAAGGCAGUUGCGGUACCAUCACUUCAAAGUCAAAGGAAGCACUAUUACAUUGCCGAUAUCAUCCUCUAUUCGCUUUUGGACUUCGAUCCUGAGCUGUGGGGUCUUCCUCCAUUUGAAGAUCGCGUCCAUGGUGUUUUGCCCAUUGAUCCCUUACUUUCAACUGCUCAAAUAGGUGAUAGGAUUUUAAACAAUCUUCAUAGGGUAAUUUCAGACGUACAUACCUACGAAUGUAUUCCUGACCAAAUAUCAGGAAUUUAUAUGGGUUGGGCCAGGUCCAAAGUGCAUGGAUUCUCUAAGGUGGUCAUUGGUACUGGGUGGGACUUUUCACAGCAGACCGUCGAGAGAGUGAUGGUAGUAGAGUUUCUUGAUUCCACUGGCAAGAUUGAAACAGAGCCUGUGAAGCUUCUUGUAAUUGGUUACAUCCGGAAGCUACAAAGCACAGAUGAUAUGUUGCAAGCUUUAAGUGUAACUGACGAAGACAGGAGCAUUGCAAGGGAUGGACUGGACCUCCCAACUUUCUCUGAAUAUGCCCACGACCUUCAUUUUCCCUGAAUGUGGCCAUAUGAUUGCAAGCUCUCACAGCACUACCUUAGGGUUGGCAUUGUUAUUGUUAGCUCACAAACAUUAUGCCAGCUUCAUUUACGUCUAGGAAGACUACACGAAAUACGUGUAUUUGAAGAAGAGGAAAAGGGUACAGAAGGAAUGAAGUUUGUUGUCAUCUUAGAGGUGGUUGGAUGUUACCAUAUGCUGUAAUAAUUGUCUUGGCUUCAUGUCUUAUUUUGAAAAAAAAUAUCAUUGCAUCUGCACCUUCCUUAAGGGGCAGAGAGAUAGAAAAAAUUGCAAGCAUAUAGAUUAUUCUGGAGAACGGUAUAGGUUAUUCUUGACGACCAAACAGUGAUGUUAUUCUUCAAUAAAAGCAUGGUAAUUCUGUUUUUUGGA